AAUUCACUUUGCAAUAUUCUCAAAAGAAAGAACUAGUAACCUUGAGAAAAACAUGGAUCAGAAAAUCACACAAAAUGGUUGCAUUUUCUCCAAAAGCAGUGGUGCAGUUGUUCCAGAACCAGAAAGGAAUGUUGUUCAGUUAAACACACUUUCCUCUCGCCAAAUGGACUCUCUUACUGCUCUUUGUGACACUUUUUUACCUUCAAUUCAUCCUAAUUCCUAUGGUCAUCAUCAUCAAGAAGCCAAUAUUGAUGAUUCUUUCAUUAAGUUCCUUCAAACUUCAGCAUCCAUGAAUGGAACUCCUCAACAUAUAGCAUGGAUGGUAAGCAACAGAUUGCAACAUCCUAAGCUGAACUUGUGCGUAUUAGCACUAUGGCUAUUAUCAACAAGGAUUGGAACUUUCAUAAUUUGUGGUAAGGCAAGCUUGUCGAGCCAGUUUCCAUAUUUGCAGAGCUUUUCUAAGGUUUCACCAAAGAAAAGAGAAGAAAUUGUAAAAUCAUGGGAAACAAGCUGGUUCAAACUCCUAAGGAUUUUCUUUUCUGGCUUGAAAAUUCUGGUUCUCCUGGUAUUCUUCACUCAGGUAUUUAAUUUACGCACAAUCUACAAUUUUAAUUUUUGUCAUUAAAGUCUAGGUACUUUUAUUAAUUAUACAGCUACCCUCUUCUGCUUUUUCGGCAUCUGUUUUUUGCUGUAGUGGAAUCAAUAGGUAAUUUAAUUUCUCAUAGCUGUAAUAUUUACCAAUCAUAUGGUGGGUGGGUUGAAAUUGCAUUUACUCAUUCACCUGCUCUCUAACAGAAAAAUACUACAUAUGGCAUCCAUGCAAACCUUAGUUUGUUUGAAUCAAAAUCAUCCAUCUUAAAAUGGAACAAGUGUCUUCCAUUUAGGUAAGAAUUUUGAACAAUGGGAGAGUUCGUUAUCGUAUGUUUGAAUAUAUCAUAAUCAUCCAUCUCUACCCAUUAUUUUUUAUGGGGCAUAAUUAUAUUUAAAAAUUUAUUAAAAAUAUCCUUCUCUAUAUGUGUUUAGCUGAGUGCUAAGUUUCAAAAUUAAAGGAAGUCUUUUGAA